UGGAGGCUUGUGCAGCGAAGCCAUGGUCUCUUGCUUUUCACCUUCCACAUGCUGCCAUUUUUACUUCUAAAGCCUUCAAAUAAGACAACUACCACCAGAUGCAGCACUAAGAAGCUUCAUAGUACUGCUCUAUGGGAGUCUAGCUGCCCCUGCCUGCGCUGAACAAAGAUAAUUACUCAGGAAACAUUUUGGCCAAUCAGACGCGGCCUUGCAUCCUGCCUGUGAGGAAAGGGACCAGUCAGGAUCCGGCUAACAUCACUGGGGCCUGAUCGCCUUGCCUGAAGAGCGGAGCCUUCCCCGGCUGAGGGCUGAGAGUGUCCUCCAUGUUUUAUAAGUGUUGACAUAACAGUGUGUCAGGCAGCCAUGCAUCCACAGAGUUCAGUCAGUCAGUGGAAGAGGCCGUGUGAAACAAAGUCUGGCUGAGGAGGAGAUAAAAACAGAGUCUGAUGUGGUAGAGGGGAUGGAUGCGUCUAUACGAUCCAAAGUCCCUGAUCCUCCAGGUUCAGCAGAACGGGCACUGGCCCCACAGAAAAGGAAGGUGCCCAGUCCUACCCAUUCCUCCAAUGGACACUCUCCCUCAGACACCUCCCCCAGCCCCAUCAAGAAGAAGAAGAAGCCUGGGGCUGUCAACUGUGCUAACAAAGAUCAGUCAGAGCUAAGACAUGGUCCCUUUUACUAUGUGAAGCAGCCAGCACUCACCACAGACCCUGUUGAUGUUGUACCGCAGGACGGCAGGAAUGACUUCUACUGCUGGCUGUGCCACCGCGAGGGCCAGGUGCUCUGCUGUGAGCUCUGCCCCAGGGUGUACCAUGCCAAGUGCCUCAAACUACCAGCCGAGCCCGAGGGCGACUGGUUCUGUCCAGAGUGUGAGAAAAUCACUGUUGCUGAAUGCAUAGAAACGCAGAGCAAGGCCAUGACAAUGCUAACCAUAGACCAACUCUCCUAUCUGCUAAAGUUCGCCCUCCAGAAGAUGAAACAGCCUGGGGUCAGUCACUUAAUAACCUCUGUCUUUCAAAGUAAAGCACUUUGUUAUUUACACAAACUGGUUGCUUGUAAUUAUCCAUGCUGUGGGACAACCAAAUUUUGGCCUUUUUCUAAGUGUAACUUUUUAUCCAAUGACCAGACGGAACCUUUUCAGAAGCCUGUGUCUCUGGAACAGCACCCAGAUUAUGCUGAGUACAUCUUCCACCCCAUGGACCUGUGUACUUUAGAGAAGAAUAUCAAAAAGAAAAUGUAUGGUUGCACCGAAGCCUUUCUUGCUGACAUGAAAUGGAUUUUGCACAACUGCAUAAUUUAUAAUGGAGGUAAUCACAAACUAACAGCAACAGCAAAAGUCAUUGUCAAGAUUUGUGAACAUGAGAUGAAUGAGAUUGAGGUGUGUCCAGAGUGCUACUUGUCUUCAUGCCAAAAAAGGGACAACUGGUUUUGCGAGCCUUGUAGUCAACCCCACCCCCUUGUGUGGGCUAAGCUAAAGGGCUUUCCCUUCUGGCCAGCAAAGGCGCUGCGAGAGAAGGAUGGGCAGGUGGAUGCACGCUUCUUUGGACAACAUGAUAGGGCCUGGGUCCCCAUCAACAACUGCUACCUCAUGUCCAAAGAGAUCCCUUUCUCUGUGAAGAAGACCAAGAGCAUAUUCAACAGUGCCAUGCAAGAGAUGGAGGUCUAUGUAGAAAACAUCCGCAAGAAAUUUGGAAUCUUCAACUAUGCACCGUUCCGUACCCCCUACACACCCAACAACCAGCUGCAGAUGCUACUCGACCCCUCCAACCCCAGUGCUGGGACAGUUAAAACAGAAAAAUCUGAGAAACUUCGUUUAAACUUUGAUAUAACCGCAUCUCCAAAGAUGGUCCUUUCCAAGACUUCCACACCCAGUGGGAUGAGCCGGAGGAUCUCUAUGACGGACAUGCCUCGGUCACCCAUGAGCACCAACUCCUCUGUUCACACAGGCUCUGAUGUGGAGCAGGAUGGGACAGAGAGGGCUCCCAGGAACCCUGCUUUCCAUUACAGCACGGGAGAGGAAUCUAUGGACUGCAGUGCAUCUCCUGCCUCAAUGAAGAUGACUCCUGCUGGGAACGCAACGGGCAGCCCCAAGCCCUUCAGUCCUGGCCUGGUACCCAAACAGGAGAGGACUGUAGGGACGGGGAGCAUCCUUAAUCUUAACUUGGAUCGAGUGAAAGCUGAGAUGGAUCUGAAGGAGCUGAGUGAGACUGUGCAACAACAGCAGCAGCAACAGCAGCAACAAGGAGCGCCAGCCACCCUCCCUACCCCAAAGAGACCUAUCAGGAGCCUGGACAAGACUAUUGAAAGCUGCAAGGCUCAGCUUGGAAUAGAUGAGAUUUCUGAAGAUGUCUAUAAAGGCGUGGAACACAGUGACUCUGAGGAUUCUGAGAAAUCUGACUCAAGUGACAGUGAGUAUCUCAGCGAUGAGGAGCACAGGCCAAAGAGCUCUGUUCAGGACGACAAGGACAAAGCAGAGCGAAAGAGGCCCAAAGCAACGGCACAAGCAGAGAAUAAGGAGGGAGUUACAGGGACAGGAGAUAAACCCACCCCUGAACCCCUGCUCAAAGACAAGCAGGGCAGCAGUGGCCCAGACAGGGAAACCCAGGACAAGCCCAGAACGCCCCAGUCUCAGCCCCUCCCUGACAAGUCCAAGGCCCGAGAGGAGGGUAAAGCAGCUGCUCCCUCAUCCCUGGCUGAACAAGACUCUGAUUCUGAAAGAGAACUGGUGAUCGACCUGGGAGAUGAGCAUGGGAGAAGUGAUCGCAAGAGAGCCAGACGAGAGACAGGCGCUCCUGCUGCCAAAACUUUCAAAGAGUCUUCUGCUACCAAGUUGGAAGGUAAAUUCCCCUCAUCUGCUGCAGCAGUCUCACCAGCACAGGAAGCUUCCUCCACCUCUAACCUGAAAGAUCCUUCACAACCUGCCAUCACAGCAGCCCUUAACCUGGUUUCCACUACAACCUCUGGCCAGCCUAACUCUGGCCCAACCAGUAGUGCUCCUGCCCCCUCUCCUGCCUCCACCUUCAUCUCCACAACAGCCUCAGUCCCUGCAGCCGUAAAGAAACAGCGCCCUCUUCUGCCGAAAGAGACAGCCCAGGCUGUGCAGCGGGCAGUAGUUUGGAAUCCCACCAACAAGUUCCAAACGUCGUCUCAGAAGUGGCACAUGCAGAAGGUGCAGAGGCAGCAACAUGGAGAUCAGCCAGCAGUGCAGACACAGGCGCAGACUCAGGUGCAAACACGCAGCCCACAACAGCUGCAAGCCCAGCAGCAGAAUUCCUCCUCUAGUACACGCUACCAGACCAGACAAGCAGCCAAAGUGCAACAAAAAGACUCCCCUCAGAGCACAUCCUCCUCUUCAGUUACUGCGGUCACCUCUGGCAGUUCCUCCUCCUUCAUAGCAGGAGACCUGCAGAUCCCCACAGUUUCAGCUGAUGUGGCUGCAGACAUAGCCAAGUACACAAACAAAAUUAUGGACACAAUAAAAGGGACAAUGACUGAAAUCUACAAUGAUCUUUCCAAAAGCACAUCAGGAAACACAAUUGCAGAAAUUCGACGGUUACGGAUAGAGAUUGAGAAACUUCAAUGGUUACAUCAGCAAGAGCUAUCGGAGAUGAAGCACAACUUGGAACUGACAAUGGCAGAGAUGAGGCAGAGUCUUGAGCAGGAAAGGGAACGGUUGGUUGCAGAGGUGAAGAAGCAGAUGGAGACGGAGAAGCAGCAGGCAGUGGAUGAAACCAAAAAGAAGCAGUGGUGCGCCAACUGCAGGAAAGAGGCCAUCUUCUACUGUUGCUGGAACACCAGUUACUGUGAUUAUCCCUGCCAGCAAGCCCACUGGCCAGAACACAUGAAGUCCUGCACACAGUCAGCCACAGCUUCGCAGCAGGAACCCGAGGCAGAGUCCAACUCAGACGCUUCAGUCAAACCAUCAGGCCAUUCGCCUGCUGCACAGACCCUCCCCUCUGGAACAGGAUCCAUACCAGACAAAAGCUCCUCCCCCACAUAUAUGGACAAGAGCAAGGACAGUGCUGGUGUUACUGUGACCUAACCGCUACACUACACACAGUCUAACAUUUUGCAAGGCCGCUGUGUGGGCUUAUGACGUCAAACAUGAGGCAUACUUAAUGGUUGAAGGCCUGCACCUCUGUGACAAAUCACUUUGAUUUUCCAUCCCCAUCUGUGUGUCUGCUUGGUGGUCGGAAAAUGCUUUUGUCAUCCCUCAUUUGCAGUUCCCACAUGUCUGUGUUCAGGUGGUUUCACCUUGUGUCUGUAGCCUGUCUUGAAGAAUAAAAUGUGAGUCUGUGUAUUUCCUUAACUAUCCUAAGUUUCAUGUUUUAGUUGUGUCACCACUCUGUUUCAGAUCUGAGAAAGAUUGUAUCGAACCAUCAGUUAUUUGCUACACGACAUCAACGCUGCUCUGACGUACUUCAAGGCUGUUUUAUUUUAAUAGUCCUCCAUGUAAAAGAAAAAUGUUGAAACAGCCAGCAGUUGAGUGUAUUCCAUUUGUGUUGUGCCAUCAAAGGCAUUCUGAGAAAUAUAAGUGUAACUUUCAUUAUUCUGUCUUCAACCGUGUUGCACCAUGUUAGCAUUGGCAUUUUUGGCUCAUACCUGUUUUAUAUUGUAGCGCCACAGUGUAUACAUAAAAUAAUGAUCUGUGAUUUAUUAAAAAAACAAAAACAAAACAAGCAAACAAAAAAAGGAAAUUUAAAAACUGUACAAAGAUUUUUUGUAAGAAAAUACCUGAACAAUAUUUAUAGUGUUAUAUGUUUUUAUAAUAUGUUUAAUGAAAUCACAUUUCUAUGUGUCUGAACAAAAAAAAAAAAGUUAUCUGAAAAAGAAUUACUUCACAUGAAUGUCACCACUGAGCAAAGUCUCUGUUCAAACGAUUAUUCAAAAAUAAUGUAAAACCUAGUCAGACUAUUAUAUACUGGGGUAAAUGGAAACUGCAAUUUGACUGUAUAUUAUUUCCUGUGAGCAUGUCUGUUUUAAGUUUGUGUCAUUCUUGUUUACAUAUUGUACAUAUAAAUGGAUUGUUUGAAAAAAAUAAAACUGGUCUGAUCACUU